AUGGAGAGGAAAAUUAUAGAUGGACAUCCAGACUUCUGUAAAAUAGAUUUUUUCAACCUUUCUAAAUCAGGCAUACAUCAUGGAAAGAUGAUGAAUGCUACAUGCAGCACUAUUUUCAUCUGCAACAGAAACUCUGAGCUGGACUGGUACUGCUAUUUGCUGAUUGGGGUUUGCACAUUCAUGCUACUGGCAGGAUUUCUAGGCAAUAUACUUGCACUACGACACUAUGUGUACUGCAUGAAAACAUGGACUACCAAUACCAUAUUUCUCUUUAACUUGGCACUGUGUGACUUCACUUGGACUCUGAUGGCACCUUUUUCAGUAUAUUAUAGUCUCCAGAAGUCAGCUGUGGAUUCCAGCCAAGCAUUUUAUCAGAUCAGAAAACUAUUUUUUAGUGUUAAUGUCUAUGGAAGUGUCUAUUUCCUGACACUCAUCAGUUUUGACAGGUACCUAGGUGCUGUCCAUCCCAUCACUUCAUUAACAUGGUGGAACAAAGGAAAGGCUGUGUUUUGUACCAUCGCGGUAUGGAUCUUCAUAGUGAUUGCAUCAAUGCCUGAGAUCUACUACACAGCUGCAGUUAAAAGGCACCAUCACAUCAUGGAUUUCCUGGAUGGCACUGAAGAACCUUUACAAUUUGCAGUGCCAUUCACCCUCUGCAAGAUUGUACUGAGAUUCCUAAUUCCAGGCACAAUCCUCUUUACAUGCUAUAUGUUAACUCUCAAAGCAUUACUACAACUCAGUAAACGACAGCAAAGAAGGCACAGACUUGUUAGGCCUCUGUUACUGAUUUCAGCUGCUAUGAUUGUAUUUGCUAUUUCUUUCAUACCUUACCAUGUUAUGAUGAUGGUGAUACUAACUUACAGAAUUAACUGUCAACCACCCUGUGAGAACAUAGGUACACUAAGUGGCAUUUAUAAAGUCACAGAGAUCAUCUGCAGUAUCAACAGUUGCCUUGACCCAAUCAUUUUUACAGUAUCAAAUAAGACAUUCUAUCAAACACUUAAAAGCAUAAAAUGUCACCCCAAAUGCCAGUGCUGCUGCCAUCUGGCAGAUAGGGUAAGUGAUAUCACUCUGUCCCUAAGAACAUUGACUUAA